AUGGCCGAGGCCACCAACCCGUUAUUCGCUGACCCCGAGAUCUACAACAAUCGUGACGAUUCGGACAUCAUCAUCAAGUUUGGUGACCAACAGAUCUUUGCACACAGAGUCGUGCUAAGAAUGUGGUCGCCGUUCUUCAAACGUAGUCUGAGCUCCAAGUUUGCUUCCUCGAUAUUGCGGAAGCGUACUUUGAAAUAUGAGUGGUGGAGUGAUUUUUCGAUAGUCAAUGCUAACGAGUGCACCCAGGUCGCCACAAACUCCGUCUUCGACCUCGGCGGCGAGGACGACCCUGACCACAUCAAGGCAAUGCUAAUGCACAUGUACGGCCUCCGAUACAGCGAACACCCACUCAACCCCAGCAAACAAGCCGGCGAAGUAAAACCACUAGGAGAUCGCAUCGGUCUCUUCAUGGUGGCCGGCAAGUACGACUGUCCCUCCGUACGCGUCGCAGUCAUCACCCUCAUCCAAGAACAAACAAAGACCAAAUGGAACUUUUCCUCCUCUUCCAAACUCAAUUUUAAGGUUGCCUCGGAUGCGUUUUUGGCCGGGCUCGGUCCUGAUGCUCCCCAGCUUGCUGAUGGAAGCUUGGUUGAGGUCAUCUAUGAGUUUCUGGAGAAGAACUUUGGCGGACUCAUGAGGUUUGGUAAGUUUUCGGAGCUUGUCAAGAGUGGUGCUCUUUUGAAUGCUCAGAUGAGUGCAAGAUUGUUAUUUAAGCUUGGAAAGGAUUUGGUGUGA